GUAUCUACAAAGCAUUUAGAAAAACAAAAUAUGUAUAAAAACAGAGAGUAUCUAUCUACAGACUAUCUACACAGUAAUAAAGAAAAUAUAAACAAUGAUGAUGAGACAUACUGUGUAGCUUCUUCAAAGUGUAAGGAGAUAUCAACCUCUUCUAGUGCAAAGAGAUACCAACCUUCUCUAUCUACAACAUAUUCAAAAGACAUGAAGAAACCAAAACUUAUGGCAACUGCAGUAAAUUUACUAGAAAAGAAAUCUUCUAUGUUCGAAAACUUAAAACAAAAAAUGUUAGAAUUAAAUCAAGAAACAUUAAAAUUGAAAAAAGAAGAACUAGCAGUACAUAAAGGCAUACUGGAAGAAUUGCAGAAUUUAAAUAACGGAUUAACAGCUAUUCGAGAAGUGAUGCUUGGACAGUAUCUAGAUCCUUAAAAGUACCCUAGAUCCUUAAAAGUACAUGGUACAUCUCUAUGUACCAUGUG